AUGGCCAACACGUACGAGUUCGAGGCACCGCAGUUUGUCGACUUUGACGACAUCGACGCCACAGACGCCCAUGCCGACGAGUGCCGCCGCGCCUCCGUCGCCCCGGCGCCGGAGCAUGACCAUGCCGUGGCUGACAACAUGCUUCCGGGCACUCCAGUGAGUGCCGCUGCGGCGCAGCCGCUCGCGGCUGUCCCGGCCCGUGUGGCACUGACUGCCGUCAUGGCAUCCCCGCCUGGCGUUGCUCACAUGGCCGAUGUCUCGCGGCCGGGUGCGAUGUGCACCCCGUCACGGACGCCGGCAGUUGUUGACCUCGACGAACAGCAGCUUCCAAGCUCGCCCGAGCCGCUCCCAAUGCCUGCAGUCCUUAUGGCUGAAGCUGAGGCUGAGGCUCAGGGUGAGGCUCAGGCCGAGGCUGAGGCCGACGCAGACGCGGACGCAGACGCAGACGCCGAGGUCGAGAUCAUGGACGCCACGUAUGCUCCAAUCACGCAUGCGCCUCUUAUUGCUGCAGACGAAAUCAUGAUGUCACCGCUCAAGGCCGAGUUGCCGAGCCCGGCCGAUGAGCCCCUUGCCCUGCGGGACAUUGUCGCCGAGAACAUCAUCGCCGAAGACGUCAUCGCCGAAGACGUCAUCGCCGAAGACGUCAUCGCCGACGACGUCAUCGCCGAAGACGUCAUCGCCGAGACUGUCGAGCCGGAGGCCGCCACCGGCUCCGCCGAUGACUCGUUUACCAUUAUGUCGGCAUCGCUGACGUCGUCCACCAACGGCCCCCGUUCGCUGCUGGCAAGCUCGCUGCGGUCGCGGCCGAUCCGGGUCCGAAAGGUUGAGCAGCGCGAGAUUUCGUCGUCGCCCGAGCCCGAGGCCGAUACCACGGUCGUGCCCGCUUCGGCCGCUGCUCCGGCCGCCGCCUCGGUCCGUCCCAAGACGGCCGCAGGUGAGCCCAAGCCGAGGCCGCGCGCCAAGCCGCGUGCCAAGCCCGAGGCAAAGCCGCAGGCCAAGCAGGCCCGGAGACAGGCAGCCCGCGGCGGCGCCAAGCCAAGCGCUCGGGUUCCACGAUUCCUUCAGCCGACGGCGGCGUGGAAGGCUCGCGAGGCUGCUCGCGCUGCGGAAGCCAAGGCCGAGGCCGCGGCCAAGAGCGAGGUCAAAUCGGGGGCCAAGGCAGCCCGGAAGCGGCGGCCAAAGACGUCAGCCGGCCGCGCGCCGCGGUUCUCGCGACCGACCGUGGCGUGGAAGGCACGCGAGGAGGCGGUCGAGAGCGAGGCCAAGGCCGAGGCCAAGGCGCGGAGCAGCCACCGGCCGCGGACCGCGCCGGCGCUGACGGUGCCCAAGACGCCAGCGUUCCAGCGCCGCGAGCGGGCCAAGCCCAAGACCAAGGCUCUCACGUCGGAGGAGCUCGAGCUGCAUGCAAUUCGCGAGGCGCGAGCCGAGCUCAAGCGGCAGAUGGUGAAGAACCGCAAGCGUGCGGCGCGGCCCAAGAAGGCGCCGGUUUCCAAGCGCUCAGUCAAGCCGCUGACCGAGCCGGUUGCCUUCCGCUUCCACACCGAUUCGCGGAUCAAGAGCAAGCCGGCGGCCGAGUCGCCGCGGCCCGCAGAGCGCUCGAAGCGCCUCGCCGGAGUGCGCAAGGCCAAGGUGGCGGCGACCCAGCCGCGGCCGUUCCACUUUGCCUCGGACAAGGGUCCCAUCCACGCAUCGGCCUCGUUUGUCUCCACGGCCGAGGCCGUCAACGCCUUCCUCGCCAAGACGCCUACCCGGUUCAAGACCAAGCCGGCGCCGAUGGCUGCAUCGCGCCCGCUCCAGCUAACCAUCCCGGUCACGCCCAAGUUUGCCACAGACGCUCUCGCCAAGCGCGAGAAGCACGCCGUACUCUCAACCGAAGACGCCGAACUGGAGGCUAUCAAGGCUCAUCCCGGCUUCAAGGCUCGCCCGGUCAACGCCAAGAUCUUCGAAUCGUGCGGUGACUACGGAGUGCCCAAGGUGGCGCGCGUCAAGCCGACCCGCCCCAUCACGCCCACAUUUGCCUCUGACUCGCGCAUUGGCCGCCGCACCCAUGAUGAGCCCGCCGACCCGCCGUCAUUCACCUUUAAGGCCCGCCCGGUCCCACGCUCGGUGUACAAGGCGCCGCCGCCGCCGGCAGGCCCGGUUUCGGCGAUCAAAUCGCUCACCAUCCCGCACUCACCAGCGCUGGCAACCAAGGACCGCGCAUCGCGGCGACCCGAGCCGGUGCUUUCGGACGAGCCGCCGCGGCCGAAGUUCAAGGCCGGUCUCAUGCCGGUCUUUGACUCGCCUGAACCGCUGCCGACGCCCAAGCGCAAGCCGCUCACCGUCCCGGUCCCGUUCGAGCUUGCGUCGGACGUCCGCGGUGCCAAGUACCGCGCCCGCAUCGAGGCUGAGCGUGAGGCGCAGGCCGCCGCCGCUGCCGCCGCCGCCAAGUUUAAGGCCACGCCGCUGCUCGACCUGGAGACGCCCGACCCGCUCCCGCGCGCGGCGCCCAAGGAGCUCACCGUUCCGAUCCCGUUCGAGCUCGAGUCGGUCAAGCGCCACGAGGCUGCCGAAGCCUCGCGCGCCGCACGCAUUGCCGCCGAGCUCGAGGCCGAGGCUGCCCAGUUCUCGUCCUUCGCCGCCAAGCCCGCGCCGGCCCAUGACCUCCCGGUCUUCACCCCGCGCCGCUCCGCCGCGCCGCUGACCGAGACUCAGCCGUUUGAUCUCAACACCUCGCGCCGCGCAGAGGAGCGCGAGGCCAAGGCCGAGGUCAAGGCCGCCGAGGAUGCAGUCCUCGAGGCCGAACGCGCCGCCAUGGCUGCUGCCCGUGCCCGCGAGGAGGCCGAAGAGCUCGCCGAGUUCCGCAAGUCGCUCGACUUUAAGGCCCAGCCCAUCCGCCACUACGCUCCGAUCCGGGUCAAGGUCUCCGAGGCCCAACUGACCGUCCCGGUCUCCCCUCAGUUCCGCACCUCCAAGCGCUCUAAGCUCCGUGCCUAGCUGUAAACUGUAUUCAUCAUGGA